AUGCGUCUUCACUCUGUCCUCUUUUGUCUUACCUUUUCCACGGCUGCCGUUGCCAAAGGGUGCUCCUACGACGGCUUCCAAGAAUGCGUGACCUAUUACGCCGAUUCCGACUGCCAUCACAGUAUUGGCAACUACAUUCCGACCUGUGAGGGAAACUGCUUCCAAUUCAGCUCUUUCCAGGGACUGGUGGUGGAAGGCAACUUCAUUCAUGGCACCGACUGCAUCGUGUACUCAGACCCGUACUGUCAAAAUGAGAUCGGUGUCACUCCGAAUGCGAUCAACCAGAACAUCGAUUGUCUUUCGUACGGCGAAGCACAGUCGAUGAAAUGUUACUUCGACUGUUGAGUGGGGGAGAUAUCGGAUAAGCGG